ACCAUGAGAGCAGAGGUGGCGAUUGUGCUUCUGGCUGUCUUACUGCAGCAAGCUUCAUCAGCAGACGGAGUAAUCAUCAACAUCAACAUCAACAGGUCUGGCGGUUACAGGCUGGGAGGAUGGCCCCUGUUACACGCCAGUAAGGAUAUACUAAAUGCUGAGUUGACUGACAAAGUUGCAGAGUUGCAGAAGCAGCUUGGCUUCAUGACAGACCAAAAUGCUGACUUGCAGGAGCACCUCAGUAUAGUGACCAACGAACUCAUGCUCUAUAAAACUGCUGCAGCCCUCAGCACUCCUGAUCCAGUCAGCACUCCUGAUCCAGUCACCACCCCUGGUGCUGGAACCACCCCUGGUGCUGGAACCACCCCUGGUGCUGGAACCACCCCUGGUGCUGGAACCACCCCUGGUGCUGGAACCACCGCUGGUCCCGGAACCACACCUGGUCCUGGAACCACACCUGGUCCUGAAACCACACCUGGCCCUGGAACCAUACCUGGUCCUGGAACCACACCUGGUCCUGGUCCUGGAGCCACACCUGGUCCCGGAACCACACCUGGUCCUGGAACCACACCUGGUCCUGGAACCACACCUGGUUCUGGAACCACACCCGGUCCUGGAACCACACCUGGUCCUGGAACCACACCUGGUCCUGGAACCACACCUGGUCCUGGAACCACACCUGGUCCUGGAACCACACCUGGUCCUGGAACCACACCUGGUCCCAGAACCACACCUGGUCUCGGAAGCACACCUGGUCCUGGUCCUGGAACCACAUCUGGUCCUGGUCCUGGAACCACACCUGGUCCUGGUCCUGGAACCACACCUGGUCCUGGAACCACACCUGGUCCUGGAACCACACCUGGUCCUGGAACCACACCUGGUCUCAGAAGCACACCUGGUCCUGGUCCUGGUCCUGGAACCACAUCUGGUCCUGGUCCUGGAACCACACCUGGUCCUGGUCCAUUCAUCACUCUUGACCCUGACAGCGAACCUUAUCCAACCAAUUCAUCUGAUGAGGAACCAGCUCCAGCCUGUCCAAUCAGCUACGAACAGUUCCUGGACAGGUGCUUCCACUUCUCCACCGAAUACAGCAACUACGCUGGUGCCAAGUCCGCCUGUCAGGCUGCUGGCGGGCACCUGGCUAUGCCCAAAGACUUGGCAACAAACGACUUCCUCACUGGCCAGAUCUACAAUAAGUACACUCCUGGCUCCAUGGCCUGGUUCGGCCUGACAGACCAGGUGCAGGAGGGAGUCUGGGUGUGGGAGGACGGCACGCCACUAAAUGGCUGGUCUGACUGGGGGUUUGGGCAACCCGACAAUUAUACUGCAGAGUCUGACUGUGCUUUGUGGGAAGCUUUUGAUGUCUAUAGGUGGCAUGAUGCAGAUUGCUCCAACAGUCAGUAUUACGUGUGUGAGGUAACUGUUGUUGGGUAACUUAUGGCUGAAAACACAAGCUGUACCAAGUGACGGUUUGAAAUUUUGGUGUAAAUGCUACCGUUGUCUCAGACUACACAACUGCGAGAAUGACAUGAUUAUAUAUUUGCAAUUCCAGGUGUUUGA